AUGUCAAACGUGAUAAAUAAAGCUCAGACUACGUUGAGCGAUAUUAGUGCUACUGAAGAACAAUAUGAAUCAUUGCUCGUUGAAUUAGGGCCAAUAGUGGCCCAAUCAGCACAAUCUCAAGAAUACAGAGAGUUACUCAAUACAAAUGAAAUCAAAUCCAAUUUGAUAGAAAUAAUUCUGGAUUCAUUUACUCCUGGAAGAUCAUAUUCAACCUACUAUUGUCGUGUAUUCAGAGGAAUUUUAUUGCUUCUUAGAAAUAUUUCGUCGGUACAACCUGAAAAUGGACCAUUUUACUCAACUGUAUUGAACAGUUGGGAUCGUGCUGACAAAUCUCUUCAAUUAAAUCCAACCAUAUCAUCUCAAUUAUUGGUAUCAUAUAUACAAACUUUAGCCAAUUUGACUACUCAAGAAGAACAAGAAAUAGAAAAUAUUCAACAAACAUAUACAGUUACCACUAAAUAUUGCAGUCAAAUAGCAGACUUAGGUCCAGAAGCAGAAUUUCCCUUUACUCUUCUUUUAUCUAAUAUUGCCAAAAAUGAAGGGUUAUCAUUAUUGAUGAAAUCUCCAGCAUUGGUUGAAUAUUUGAUAAAACAAUUCCAUAGUGUUGAUACUGACUUAGAUUUGAACCAUCAUCAUUCUGUUCUUCUCUCGUUGCUUCAAGACCUUGUUUCCCAUGAAGGUUAUAAUAACUGGCUUGUAACGGAAUCUCAAGACUUUACAUUGAAUUUCCCACAAAUUCUUCAAACCAGUCAACUUGUAGUUACGUCAAAAUCAGAUUGGAAUAACUAUGAAAUUGCAGCCAUGCUUGCAUGGAUUUAUGAUUUCUUUAAAAUAUUUUCUCAAAGAUCACAAGAGCUUCUCCCAUCACAAAAUAUCGAUACACAAGAACUUUCCAUAGUACAUAAGAAUUUGAUUUCCACUCUUGAUUGCAUUUCUGAUUUAGGAAAAUUCGAAGCUGCAAAGCAAUUCUUGGAACAUUAUCAUGCUAUGGAUGAACUUGUCGCAUUAUUAAGAGUAAUUCAAGAUAACGUUGCUCGUCAAACUUUGAAAAAACGGAAGAUUGAAGAAAUCAAUGAUCAAAAUACAACUCGAGAAAAGAAAUUCCCACAAGUGAAAUCUUUAAUUAUAGAAGUGAUAUCCUACAUGGCACAUGAGUCCCCAAAGAUGCAAGAUCGUGUCAGAGAAUUGCAUGGUUUAGAGUUGGUACUUUCCAAUUGUAUGAUCGAUGAUAACGAUCCUUAUAUCAAGGAAAGAGCUAUCAUAUGUAUAAAGAUAUUGUUGGAAAACAAUCAAAAAAAUCAACAAUUUGUAGCUGAUCUUGAAGCUAAACAAUCUGUUGACGAUCAAGCUUUGAAAGAUGUUGGAUAUGAAGUGGAGAUUGAAGAUGGGAAGGUUAAAUUGAGAAAAUCAGCAGAACAAUCGUCAUCAGAUUAA